GUCCAUCCUUGAAGAAAUUAGUUUUUUCAGUUCGGCUGCUCUGGUUACAUGUCGAGGAAACCCGUAGGAAAUUUAACUGUAGCGUAGGAAGCGAACCGUCGGUGUAGUGAUAAGUGCAAAUCGGAUUACAAGGAUGAAGUUCCUUUUAAUUACUUGUCUACUGGCUACGAGUUUAUUGUGCGUCUACGGGGCCGAAGAAACCGAGGACAAGCCGGAGAUUACAAAGUUAGAGUUGGUGGAACUUGGCGAGGGAGAAAGCGACGACGAUGCCGAAGACUCGGAUGUUCAAAGAAAGAGAGAUUCCGGGUAUUCGUACAAGAGACCGGACAAUUUCGCGUUAGCUUCGAGAUCUCGUUUCCAAGUUGGACAAUCCGGCCACAGAGGACGUAUCGUUAAUAGACAUCCAGCCCAAAUAAACAGACCUAUCAACAAAUACGGACCACCCGGUUACCAGAAUUCAUCCCCGAUGAGACCAGUUUCUCACGGUCAACAGCAUCGCGAUAAAUUGCAAUUCCAUGGUCAUUUCGGUCAACAGCAUUCGAACAACUUUGAUGGCCGGCCGAGUGGUUUGCUGGAGCAGGGAGUACCCAGUCCAAUUAGGCAGGCUGACUUUGCCGAACCGAAUCCAAUAUCCACUCAAAACAACGAACCCUUCGCGACUCACUCGGCCAACUAUUUACCGCCGCAGAAUCAGAAGUUGCCCGGUUUCAGCACUGUCCAAGGAUUUUCCUCGGCUCACGCAGCGGCACAGAAUAUUCCGAGCAACGAUCAAGGUCAAUCGGCUAAUUUCCAAAGUCAAAAUCUCGUUCAAUCGCAAGGACAAAUAUCGGACGCGGCUCUUUUCCUGACGCAGAAUGCUCAAGCUAUACAACAACUGUACGGUCAGCCUCCGAACGAGCAAGAUUUCGCUCCGGUUAACAGUGAUCAGUUCUUAGGUCACUCUAAUCAAGUUCACAAUGGUCAGUUUCAAAAUUUCGAAAGUACCUCGCAAAGUCCACAAAAUUUCCCAGGCCAGUUGCCCUCUUACGCGUCCGGAACACUGAGCGCCCAAGAGACCCUGGAACAGAUUCAGUCUCUCGAGAAGGACAGAUUGAUCGUUCAGCUGCAGCGAGCGCUCGCAAGCCAGGCUCAGAACGCGGACGCGUCUGGAAGGUACGCUGAAAAUCAUCCGAGCUUCGUUCAGAGUCAAGAUCUUCUGGCUUCCCUUGGACAGCGAAUGAAGAUUCACGGUUUAAACGCGCAACCGACUACCGUUACCUUCGGAUCCGGCAAUACAGCUUUCAAUCAAUCACCUUUUUUGCCAGGAACCACGAUCAGUCCCGGCUUUCCGCUUAGCUACGGGCUAUCGACCACCGCUCAACCCCCGACGACAACCACGCCGACAACUACGACGUCCCUGCAGCCCCCGCAGGCAACUAAAGGCGACGGAACUUCUCAGCCCGGCAGCAGCGUGCCCGCACCACCCUCUGCACCAACAGUUCCUGUCUACGGCGGUUUCGUGCCGACCUUAAUCACUGGUACCAGUUUCCUGUCAAACGUGCCGUCCUACGGGCCGACGUUCUUCGCUCCUGGUGCCGUCACACCUGUCCAACCGUCAGGCUCCUCGCCCACGCACUUUGGUCUACCCAUUCCUACGGACCACGGGCAGAAACCGACAGGAACCACCCCAACUUCCGCCUCACCCACGACACCCUCCACUCCUUCCACCAGCCGACCCGGUCUUCCUUCCUCUCCUCCAAUUAACACGGUGCCAGUUCCUCUGCAUCCAGUGGUGACUCCUCUUCAUCCAGUCGCACCCUUGCUUCCCCCCGUGACGCCGAGCCACUUGCACCCCGUCCACGCGCCGUCCACCGGCCAUCCAACCUACGGCCUGCAAACGCCGCUGAUUAAUCCGCUUCUCUACAAACCCAUCAAACCGGUCUAUCCGUUCUACUAUUACCAGAACCUCGCGUACCAGCCGCACAAACUCGCUUUACCGACUUACCCGUGGAGCUACGCGCCGACCUAUGCUCAAGCGAAACCGGCCCAAAUAUGGAAAUGA